GCAACGGCAGCGUCAGCGUCAGCGUCAGCGUGACCCCGGCCCGCCGGCGCAUCGUGACACAAUGACUCAAUUCUUCCUCAACCCGUAUUCCACGAACAAAUAAAUAAGCAAAUCCCCCUAAAUACUCACCCCCAUCCGAUCCCAAGCACUACACUACACCUCCUUCCAUCUUCCUCUUCCCCAUCCCAUCUCCAUCUAAAUGACCACAACAAUACAGCCCAACAAACCAACCCCAACACAAUGACCUUCACAAUGACCAUACCAAUAAUGCCAACAACAACAACAACAACAACAACAAGACCACCAAGAACCACCCUCCCCCGCUCCCAAAGAAGCUUCGACACCGAUAUCGCGACCCUCGAAGCCAUGAUCUCGGAACUAGGUUCGAACCCGGUCCCUACUUUUCCUUCGGGGAGGGAGAGAAGUGGUAGGCGGGGGAGUAGACGGGAUGUGGAACGUACAUGUAUAAGUACUAGUGCAGGUACAAGUGCAAGUGCAAGGGGGUGUGGAGAUGGGAGUGGCGGUUACAGCUACAGCUACAGCUACAGCUGCAGUGAGAGUGAGAGUGAGAGUGAAAGUGAAAGUGCAAGUCAGGAGUCAGUUGAGUGGAGAUUUUCUGAUGAGGAUAGAUGUGAGGGGUUAGGGAUGGAGUGGAGGAAGGGGAGGGGAGAUGGGGUUUGAGGUUGAUUCUUGUGCUAUUGGGGUGUGGGCGUUGUUGUAGUUCAUCUUUGAUUGUGGUUUGGAGUUGAAUUGGAGUGCUUUGGGGUACUAGGCGUUGGGAAGAUGCUUUGGUGAUUUUGUUGAUUAGGUGAGGGAAUUAGGGGUCACUUUUGGUUUACUGU